AUGCUGCCAAAUCCUGGAGCAUGCUGCCACAUCCUGGAGCAUCCUGCCACAUCCUGGAACAUCCUGCCACAUCCUGGAGCAUCCUGUCACAUCCUGGAGCAUCUUGCCACAUCCUGGAACAUCCUGCCACAUCCUGGAGCAUCCUGCCACAUCCUGGAGCAUCCUGCCACAUCCUGGAGCAUCUUGCCACAUCCUGGAACAUCCUGCCACAUCCUGGAGCAUCCUGCCACAUCCUGGAGCAUCCUGCCACAUCCUGGAACAUCCUGCCACAUCCUGGAACAUCCUGCCACAUCCUGGAGCAUCCUGCCACAUCCUGGAGCAUCUUGCCACAUCCUGGAACAUCCUGCCACAUCCUGGAGCAUCCUGCCACAUCCUGGAGCAUCCUGCCACAUCCUGGAGCAUCCUACCACAUCCUGGAACAUCCUACCACAUCCUGGAACAUCCUGGAGCAUCCUGCCACAUCCUGGAGCAUCCUGCCAAAUCCUGGAGCAUGCUGCCACAUCCUGGAGCAUCCUGCCACAUCCUGGAGCAUCCUGCCACAUCCUGGAGCAUCCUGCCACAUCCUGGAGCAUCCUGCCACAUCCUGGAGCAUCUUGCCACAUCCUGGAACAUCCUGCCACAUCCUGCCACAUCCUGGAGCAUCCUGCCACAUCCUGGAGCAUGCUGCCACAUCCUGGAGCAUCCUACCACAUCCUGGAGCAUGCUGCCAAAUCCUGGAGCAUGCUGCCACAUCCUGGAGCAUCCUGCCACAUCCUGGAGCAUCCUGCCACAUCCUGUAGCAUCUUGCCACAUCCUGGAACAUCCUGCCACAUCCUGGAGCAUCUUGCCACAUCCUGGAACAUCCUGCCACAUCCUGGAGUAUCUUGCCACAUCCUGGAACAUCCUGCCACAUCCUGCCACAUCCUGGAGCAUCCUGCCACAUCCUGGAGCAUCCUGCCACAUCCUGGAGCAUCCUACCACAUCCUGGAACAUCCUACCACAUCCUGGAACAUCCUGCCACAUCCUGGAGCAUCCUGCCACAUCCUGGAACAUCCUGCCACAUCCUGGAGCAUCUUGCCACAUCCUGGAACAUCCUGCCACAUCCUGCUACAUCCUGGAGCAUCUUGCCACAUCCUGGAACAUCCUGCCACAUCCUGGAGCAUCCUGCCACAUCCUGGAGCAUCCUGCCACAUCCUGGAGCAUCCUACCACAUCCUGGAACAUCCUACCACAUCCUGCCACAUCCUGGAGCAUCCUGCCACAUCCUGGAGCAUCCUGCCACAUCCUGGAGCAUCCUGCCACAUUUUGGAGCAUCCUACCACAUCCUGGAACAUCCUGCCACAUCCUGGAGCAUCCUGCCACAUUUUGGAACAUCCUGCCACAUCCUGGAGCAUCCUGCCACAUCCUGGAGCAUCCUGCCACAUCCUGGAGCAUCCUACCACAUCCUGGAACAUCCUACCACAUCCUGCCACAUCCUGGAGCAUCCUGCCACAUCCUGGAGCAUCCUGCCACAUCCUGGAGCAUCCUGCCACAUUUUGGAGCAUCCUGCCACAUCCUGGAGCAUCCUGCCACAUCCUGGAGCAUCCUGCCACAUCCUGGAGCAUCUUGCCACAUCCUGGAGCAUCCUUCAACCACGACAAACGUCCAGAUCACACAGAUGAUUUAA